UUGGGAAGUAAACUAAUUAAGAAAAUACACAUCGGGAUUCAGGCAACAGCGAAAGAAGCCAGAAAGCUGAAAGCUCCACUUUGGGAAUUAUCUCUAAUCGGCAUAUUCUCCUUCAUUCCCGUUCACCGGAGAGGGCAAUCAAUCUUCUCCGAUCUCGCACGCACACACAAACACGCACUUCUGCGUGUAUCUGGAUUUCCUCAAACUCUCCUUCUGUCAAACCCUAAAUCCUCUCUUGCGAUCUCUAUACCUAUACAUACCUCUGUGUUACAGUGAGGAAGAAUUUGAAUUCAACAACAAAAUCAAUGAUCAAAAGACGCGGUGACUUCUGAAUUGAAGUCACGGAGAAUGAGCUGUGGUGAAAUCGCGACAACGAUUUGUUGCUAUUGAAAUUGCUAGCAAACGCCAUGUGGUUCUCCUUUUGGAGAUCCAGAGAUCGGUUCUCCUUGGAUGAAUUCAGAUUUUUGACGGAUCAGUUGAUGAAGGUUCAAGUUGUUAAUGAGGUGAACAAGGAUUUUGUGAUUGAGGCACUAAGAUCAAUUGCAGAGUUGAUAACAUAUGGUGAUCAACAUGAUGUGGCCUAUUUUGAGUUUUUCAUGGAGAAGCAGGUGAUGGGGGAGCUUGUACGUAUAUUAAGAAUUAGUCGAACUGUUAUUGUUUCGCUUCAGUUGUUGCAGACAAUGAGUAUUGUGAUCCAGAACUUAAAAAAUGAGCACUCCAUUUAUUACAUGUUUAGUAAUGAGCACAUCAACCACCUUAUAACAUAUUCUUUUGACUUUCGUAAUGAAGAGCUUUUGUCUUAUUACAUAUCCUUUCUAAGAGCAAUAAGUGGAAAGCUGAACAAAAACACCAUUUCCCUUCUUGUCAAGACUCUUAAUGUUGUGUUAGGGCUUAAGAUCAACCUCAGAAAAUGUGAGAUCACGCUGGUGGGAGAAGUGGAUAAUAUUGAAGUGUUCACGCAUGUGUUGAAUUGUAAGGAAGAAGUAGUCUCAUUCCCACUCUAUGUUGAGGCGAUACGCUUUGCCUUUCAUGAAGAAAGCAUGAUUCGAACUGCGGUACGUGCGCUAACCCUGAAUGUAUAUCAUGUUGGCGAUGAGGCGGUUAACAAGUUUGUUGCCAGUGCUCCUCAUGCCGAUUAUUUCUCAAAUUUGGUAAAAUUUUUCGGGGAGCAAUGCAUCAGCUUGGACAAGUUGGUUGUUAAUGCUUCAAAGUGUCUGGGUCCAGAUACUAGUGGUUCUAUCAUUUCCUCUGUUGAUGAGAUUGAGGACAACCUCUAUUACUUUAGUGAUGUUAUUUCAGCAGGGAUUCCAGACAUUGGGAGGCUUAUAACAGACCUCAUGUUGAAGGUGCUGAUAUUUCCAUCAGUACUUCCUUCAUUACGGAUGGAAGUAGUUAAAGACAGUGAUACAGGAAUUGGAACCGCAACUUCUUUAUAUUUACUUUGUUGCAUCUUACGCAUUGUUAAGAUAAAAGAUUUGGCAAAUAUUGUUGCUGUUGCUCUUCUUUGUGAUAUAGAAACAUUCGUCCCAAAGUCUGAAGCUAAACUGAAUGGUUUCAUGGUUAACCAUGGUAUGUCACAUGAAAAUCAAGAUUCAGAAAAUGGUGGCUUCAGAUCGGAUUCUGAUGGUCAAACUUUACGGGUUUUAAUUCCAAACAUAUCCAGCUCUUUAAAUGGUCACCCAGAAGAUGAUAUUCCGCAACCAGAUCAUGGGAGUUCACAUUCUGCGUUAUGGGAGGCCUUACUUUCUUAUAUUACUACUGGUGAUGAUGUUCAAGUUUCGGGUUCUUUAAGUGUGCUGGCUACACUAUUGCAGACUAAAGGUUAUAUAAGUGAGCUGGAAGAAUCAAUGCUUGAUGCUCUUGGAAUUCUUCCACAAAGAAAACAACAGAAGAAACUCUUGCUGCAAGCUUUGGUUGGUGAAGGAUCUGCUGAAGAGCAACUUUUUUCCUUCGAAAAUAUGGUAAAGGAUGGAAUAUGUAGUGAAAUGGAUUGCUACCUCCAAAAGUUGAAGGAGCAGUAUGGAUUGUUAUGCGUGUGCAAGGAGGUUACAGUGAGCCCUCGCAUACAUAGACUUCAAGUACUGGACGCAUUGGUCAGUCUAUUCUGCAGGUCAAAUAUCUCUGCAGAAACAUUGUGGGAUGGUGGUUGGCUUUUGCGCCAGUUGCUUCCAUACAGUGAGGCGGAUUUUAACGGUCAUCAUCUUAAAUUAUUGAAAGAUUCAUUCCACAGUUGUACUAGCUCUAUUCUUGACGAAUCAAAAGGAACUUGGCCUGAUUUGCUAAUUGUGGUACUUUGUGAAGAGUGGAGGAACUGCAAAAGAACAAUUGAAGCUUCUUCUCCUAGGAAAGAUCCCAAAUCCAUGCUUUUGCCAUCACACAAGUCCCUUUCUGAAGAACCUGCUUCUGGGGAAUCAUCUUUUACUGCUGGUGAAAGGUUGUGCGAGAUGGUUAAGGUGUUUGUACUACUUCGUCAGCUUCAUAUUUUUUCAGUAGGAAAAGUGUUGCCCGAUCAACCUCCUAUACAUCCUACAGUUGAUGUCAUGGAAUCAUUCCGAGCAAAAAGGGCUGGCAUUGACAGUUUGGGUCCAAAACCAAGUGUUGAAUUAAGUCUUGUUGAUGCGGUUCCUUGUAGAAUUGCAUUUGAGAGGGGGAAAGAACGUCAUUUCCACUUUUUAGCCAUCUCUGUAGGAUCCUCCGGAUGGAUUAUCCUUGCAGAUGAAUUACCUUUGAGGCCAAGCUAUGGUGUGGUUCGUGUUAUUGCUCCUCUGGGUGGUUGCAACCCCAGAAUUGACGAGAAGCACUUGAGAUGGUUACACCUUCGAAUACGUCCAUCAUCUUUCCCUUGCAUAGAUGCAGCAAAGCAUACGGCCCAUGCGAGAGUUAAGUCAAAAGCUUUGGUCGAUGGGAGGUGGACUCUGGCUUUUCGAGAUGAGGAAUCUUGCAAAGCUGCUUUUUCUAUGAUUCAUGAAGAGUUAAAGUUACUGAGCAAUGAGGUUGAGAGAAGAAUAAAACCUAUGCUUGACAUUGAAAGAACUAAUAAUACUAAAACGGCAUAGAAGUCUCCUGAGAGUACGCCUACAAGAAUAUGACCAUAUAGAGAUUUUGAGAUUUUCACCAGUUUGAUAUUUCAUUCUCUCCCCCCCAAUAUCAUUUUACAGCAGGGGAUGGAGAUAAUAAUUAAGCUUUACCAGCCUUUUGUAUAUGUUCAAAAGAAAGCCCUAGGUGUCUGUAAAUUAGAGUAUGUGAUAGAGCCCAUUCUUGUAUAUUAGGUCACCUUUAUCAUUUCUGAUUUGCUAACCUCACUAUCAUGUAUGGUCAAUUCUUUAGUUCUUCCAAACCUUUUUUUCCUCACAUAUGUAUAGAUGUAACAACUCUGUACUUGUGCAAAAUGAAGAAGUUGUGAGCAUGCUUUUGUUAUCACAAGUUUGCGCAGUUUUUA